UUCUUCUGGCUUGCAUUGUUGGAAUACCAGAAUGGAUGUGGCCAUGGACUGAAAGGGCCGCUCAGGCUGCUCAAAUCACUCAUGCGUCGGGUUGAAAAGGUAGUGAAGCGCAUGGAUAUCGACCACCCAGGUACUACUGAAUCGCUGGCUUCCAAUGAUACCCAGUUUGGAAUCGAGGCUAUACUACCGACAGAGACCUUCGAGCAAGGGGAAGCUUGGAGCGAAUCCUGGCUCAAUGUCGAGACUGACGAUUUGUUCUUGGCCGAUGACACUAUAUUUGGCUUCUUCGCACAAGAAUAAUCAACACGUCUCCUAGUAUGUUAUGGACUUUUCACGGGGUGGCAUCUAUAGACUCCAUGAGGAGAACCGGUUACUUAUAUAUCUGUUGUCGCGUGGCUCUCGUGGCCUUUAAUAAUUGGCCUAAUCCUCUCAGUAGCAAGAGGAUUAAUAAAGCUCAAUGCUGUACAACGCAAUUUCCCCACUGGACCCUUACUCUCGGAGUUUCAUGGACACCCUCCGCAUCGAUCUCAAAAAUGCGACUCCUGAAAACUACCAAAUCCGGAGAGGGCGACUUCGAGAUCGAAAUAUUCACGGACGAUCAACUCCGAAAACUGCCGUAUGCAAUCCUUUCCCAUACUUGGGGUCCAGGCGAGGUUGCUUUUAAAGAUAUCAAGGACCCCAAGAACUGGGUGGGCUAUAAAAAGAUCGAACAAAUGUUGCUCAGUGGCCCGCCAGAUGGAGUAUGGAUAUGUUUGGAUAGACACUUGCUGCAUUGACAAAGAAAGCAGUUCAGGGCUAUCAGAGGCGAUCAACUCCAUGUUCGCCUGGUACCAAGAAGCCGAGGUAUGCUAUGCAUAUCUCGCCGACGUACCACGAGUGCGGUUCGAAGAAAGUAGGUGGUUUACCAGAGGGUGGACUCUCCAAGAGCUAAUUGCUCCGCGAGAGGUGAUAUUCUAUGACGGGAACUGGAAGAAGUUGGGUGAUAAGGCGAGCCUUGGAACAAGGAUAUCUCAAUGCACUCGGAUACCUGAAAGUAUCCUUUCGGGCGAGAAAGCUCUUGAUACAUUUAGCACCGCACAGAGAAUGUCAUGGGCAACGGAAAGACAAACAAGGCGAGUUGAAGAUCGCGCCUAUUGUUGAAUGGGGCUACUUGGUGUUAAUAUGCCUCUCAUCUAUGGGGAAAGGGAGGCUUCUUUUAUUAGGCUUCAGGAAGAGAUUUUACGGAUCUCAGAAGACCACAGUAUAUUUGCUUGGAAAUCUUCAGAUAGAGCUGUGCCUGUAUCGUUAUAAAUAGAUUGAUCAUUC